AGUCAUCAAAGUAUACACAUUCAAGAUAAUAUUAAUUUUAAUGUAGAAUCUGAGAAUCCUAGACACCAAAGAAACAAUUGUCGGCAUAAUAGGCAGCGUAUUGUAUUAAAGGAUGGAAGAAAUCUGGUACUGGAAUGUCCUAUACCUUCAGAUUUGUUGGAUGCCAUUUCUAGGAAAGACUCAAGAGAAUUUACUCAUAUGAGAUAUACUGCAUGCACAUGUGAUCCAAACAAUUUUAGAGAGAAAGGAUUCAGCCUUCGUCAAGCAGAGUCAACUCGUCCAAGACAAACCGAACUAUUUAUCGCGAUAACUAUGUAUGACGAAAAUAAAGAACUGUUAUCCCGCACUUUUCACGGAGUUGUACAAAAUAUAGCUUAUCUUUGUAGUCGUAAAAGAUCUAAAGUUUGGGGUGAAGAUGGAUGGAAGAAAGUCAUCGUAUGCAUAGUUGCUGAUGGUCGUGAACACAUCUGCCCAAGUUCUUUAGCUUAUUUAGCGGCUCUUGGUGUCUAUCAAGACGGCAUUGUAGUGGGCGCAGUGAAAGAUGAUGUUGUUAAUGCUCACAUAUUUGAGUAUACGACUCAAAUUUCAAUCGACCAAUCUAUGAGCUUUAAGUCGUUCGGAAAUGACCCUGAAGUUGUUCCACUUCAAGUACUCUUUUGUCUUAAGGAGAAGAAUGCUAAAAAGAUUAACUCUCAUCAAUGGUUCUUUAAUGCCUUUUGUCCAAUUCUUGAUCCUAAUAUAUGUGUUCUUAUUGAUGUUGGUACUAAGCCAGCUCCCAAAUCUAUUUAUAAGUUGUGGAAAGCGUUUGAUAUAGACCCUCGUGUUGCAGGUGCUUGCGGUGAAAUUAUUGCCAUGAAAGGUAAAGGCUGGAAUAAACUAUUGAAUCCAAUUGUAGCCGCACAAAAUUUUGAAUAUAAGAUGGAUAGCGUUCUGGUUAAACCAUUUGAAUCAGUGUUUGGUCACAUUUCUGUUUUGCCAGGAGCCUUUUCUGCUUAUCGGUAUAUCGCUCUCCAGAACAGAAUGG